AUUCAGUUCUUCAUUAACGGAGACUGAGCUCCCGCUUUAGCCCUCCUAUUAUAAGCUUAGCAUCCAAUCGUGCCGUUGGCACCAAAGCAUACGUGCAUGAUGAGUAUCUCCACGCGGGACACGAGAUAAAUUGUUUUCUGCUUACGACAGUGCAUGCCGUCGGCCAAAGCAUACGUACGAUACAUGACGCUGCUACUGGUUGAUACCAACGCCCAAGUCACUCAAGUCAUCAAGCGCCAUACAACAAUAUUCCUUCAGUAAUCAUGCCACGCCUGUUGACUCAAGCUAAACAGCAGAAUGAGGCUGCGACCCUACCACCUAAACCUGUAGCCUUGUUCGUUGGCGGUACCUCAGGCAUUGGAAAGGCAUCCGUCGAAGCACUCGCUCGUUAUGCUAAAGGGAACAUCCAUAUCAUCAUCGUUGGGCGUAACGAAACUGCUGCAAACCAAAUCAUCUCUUCACUACCACAGUCUCCUGAAUCGAAUUACGAAUUCGUUCACUGUGACGUGAGCCUCAUGUCAAACAUCUCCUCUUUCGCUCGGUCGCUUUCUUCUCGCCUUACGAAACUUAACUAUCUAUUCCUUUCGACGGGAUACCUCUCGACGGAGGCCUUCAAGCCGACGUCUGAGGGGAUCGAUCAGAGAUUGGCGGUGACGUAUUAUUCCCGUUUCAAGUUCAUUCAGGAAUUCCUCCCAUUGCUCCAGGAAGCCAAACAAUUGGGAGAGGCAGCGAGGGUCGUAGUAGUCCUCGCGUCAGGCCAUGGAAAGCCUUUGGAUCUGGACAAUCUUGGACUGAAGAAGAAACACACACCUUUCUUGUCUCUAUUUUAUGGACCAGCUUGCACAGAAUUGGCAGUUGAGGAAUUUGCAGCACGAAAUCCAGCCAUUUCUUUCACGCAUAUACACCCGGGUUUAGUUGACACUCCGAUCUUGUCAAAUUUCUGGCUUACAAAAUAUUUCGUUUGGAUCAUGAGAUUACUCUUCCUAAAGAAGGCAGAGGAUUGUGCAGAAUGGAUGCUUUGUCCCUUGCUUGGAGACGCGUUCGAAUCGGGUGCGUUCCACCUCAACGAAUACGCCGAGCCAGUGCCUCCUCAGACCCUGCAUAUCACACCUGAAAGACAGAAGGCGGUCUACGAUCAUUCAGUGGAGACCGUCUCACCAUAUUAGCAGAGAGAUUUGAUCGAUGUAGUGACGUUAUUAGCUUAGCUCCAAGUCACGAACAAACUCUAUCUAUACCUUGCGGAAGUACUGUCUUGAAUAAUGAUGAUUUUUUGUCGGCUGCUCGAUAGGUGCACAUGGGAGCAGCUUGAGGUGAUGCCUCUCCCGAACAAAGCACCAGACGACUUUCCUGCGCCUUGGAGGACUUAUUCUAACGACUUUCUAGCUUACAGUCUUUCGUCUGUAUCCCGAGACUCUGCCCAAGGGACAAUG